UUUUGUUUUUUCAGAAAAACUAUACUCAGUACAAAAUUGGUUGACUCACCCUUCUCUCUCUCUCUUUCUCCCUCUCUCUCUGUUCUCCAUUCUCUGGUUCCUGUUGAGUAGCUCCACUCUAUAUGCACCUUCUACUCCUUUUUCGCUCAGUUACUCUCUUCCUUCAUAUCUCUUUCUACACCUUCUUCACAUCCUACUCUUUAUUCUGCAACCCUAUAUGGCUAAAUGCCCCAAAACGACACCCACUCCCACCAAAACGGUGAAACCACCGUCACCACCCCACUACACCCUCCACUUCUGACGCUCCACCUUCAAGCCAUGACCUCAACCACCUCAACCUCCACCGACCCCCUCCCAUCAGACGACGGCGCGGCGGCCGUCAGGGCUGUCAACAAACGGUUCGAGGGGCUCCUCACUGUCCGGACCAAGGCUAUCAAAGGCAAGGGAGCCUGGUACUGGGCACACCUCGAGCCCAUACUCGUUCCACACCCAGACACCGGCCUCCCGAAAUCAGUGAAACUCAAAUGCUCCCUCUGCGACUCUCUCUUCUCCGCUUCAAACCCUUCAAGAACAGCUUCCGAACACUUAAAGCGUGGAACUUGCUCCAACUUCAGCUCCGGGUUGAGACCCGGUUCGGUCCCUUCUCCCCUCCCCAUUUCCUCCAUCACUCCCGGUUCGAACCGCAAAAGGGGUUCGCCUCAAAUGGGUGCCACGUCACCCUCUUCUUAUCAAAAUCACUCCUUGGCCUUGGUCGAGUCUUCCCGCUUCGACAUGGGGUACACCCCGAUGCAGAACAGUAACAACAACAGCAAUAGUAAUAAUAAUAAUAACAACAACAUUAUGCUCUUGCAGCAUCACGGGCAGAGCCAACAGCAUUUAAUGUUGUCGGGUGGGAAGGAUGAUUUGUGUGCUUUGGCCAUGUUUGAGGACAGUGUGAAGAAGUUGAAGAGUCCCAAGACUUCUCCUGGUCCUGCUUUGAACAAGGACCAGGUGAAUUCUGCUUUGGACUUGCUCUUCGAUUGGUUCUAUGAGACUUGUGGUUCUGUGUCCUUGUCUAGUCUGGAACAUAGAAAGUUUCAGGCUUUUUUGGGCCAGGUUGGGUUGCCCGCCAAUUUGAGGAGGGAGGUUUCUGGGGGGAGGCUUGAUGCUAGGUUCGGGGAGGCCAAGGCUGAGUCCGAGGCUAGGAUUAGGGACGCCAUGUUUUUUCAGUUGGCGAGUGAUGGGUGGAAGAGUGGGGGUUUGUUUAACUUUAACUCGUGUUGUGGUGGGGGGGAGAGUUUGGUGAAGUUUGUAGUGAAUCUCCCCAAUGGGAGUAGUGUGUUUCAGAAGGCUGUGUUCACUGGGGGAGUGGAGAAUUCUAAGUAUGCCGAGGAGGUUUUGUGGGAGAUGGUUACUGCUGUUACUGGGAGUGUUGUCCACAGGUGUGUGGGGAUUGUCGCAGAUAAGUUCAAGGCGAAGGCGUUGAGGAACUUGGAAGCGCAGCACCAUUGGAUGGUGAACACUUCCUGCCAGCUUCAGGGGUUGGUUAGCUUGAUCAAGGAUUUUAACCGCGAGUUGCCGCUUUUCAGGUCUGUGAUUGAGAAUUGCUUGAAGGUUGCGAAUUUUAUGAACAGUGAGUCGCAGGUGAGGAGUCUUUUCCUCAAGUGCAGGGUGCAAGAGAUGGAUUGUGGCGGCCUAAUUCGCGUGCCUUCACCCAAAUGUGAUCCGUUGAAGAAUUUUCAACUGGUGUUUCCUAUGUUGGAGGAGAUUUUGAGCUGUGCCAGAGUGAUUCAGAUGGUUGUGAUGGAGGAUGGGUUUAAGGUGAUGUGUAUGGAAGAUACGCUAGUGAGGGAGGUUGCAGGGAUGGUGCAGAAUGAGGGGUUUUGGAACGAGUUGGAGGCGGUUUAUUCACUUGUGAAGCUUGUUAGAGGGAUGGUGCAUGAUGUCGAGGCUGAGAGGCCAUUGAUGGGUAGGUGCUUGCCUCUUUGGGAGGAGCUGAGGAGCAAGGUGAAAGAGUGGUGUGGGAAGUUCAACAUUGUGGAAGGACCUGUGGAGAAGAUAGUUGAGAAGAGGUUUAGGAAGAAUUAUCAUCCUGCUUGGGCAGCAGCGUUUAUACUUGAUCCACUUUACUUGAUUAAGGAUGCAAGUGGAAAGUAUCUUCCUCCUUAUAAGUGUUUGACGCGAGAACAGGAGAAGGAUGUGGACAAGUUACUGACGAGGCUGGCUUCGCGAGAAGAGGCUCAUGUUGUGUUGAUGGAGCUAAUGAAAUGGAGGUCAGAUGGUCUUGAUCCGCUUUAUGCACAGGCUGUUCAGAUGAAGCAGAGGGAUCCGGUGACAGGGAAGAUGAAAGUUGCAAAUCCACUGAGUAGUAGACUUGUGUGGGAAACAUGUUUGAGUGAGUUUAAAUCCUUGGGGAAGAUUGCAGUGAGGCUUAUUUUUCAGCACGCAACUUCAUGUGGGUUUAAGAGUAAUUGGUCUUUUAUGAGGAAAUUUUCAGCUAAUAAACAGUCAAGAGUUGCCUUGGAAAGGGCUCAGAAAAUGAUAUACAUUGCAGCUCAUGCCAAGCUUGAAAGGAGAGACUUUUCCAGUGAGGAAGAGAAGGAUGCAGAGCUGUUUGCCAUGUCUGGUAGUGAGGAUGGCAUGCUGGCUGAAGUUUAUGCUGAUGCUCCCUUAGUAGUUGGAAUGGCUUGAAGCAGUAGUAGGGUGGCAAAGCCAACAUGGUCUUAACGUUUGUCAACCUCGGAAGAAGAUAAGAAUCUUUGUAUCCGUAGAAGCAUUUCUCAUAGAUAAUCUGGCAUAUCUCCUGGUGUGUUUGUUUACUACAAAAUGAUUAGGCCCACAAUGGAGAGUGGAUAUCCAUGUCAAAGGGUGUCAUGGUCAAAGGAGAGUGAGAAUUAACCGUUUAGGUUGCCAUGAUUGCUAAAAAGGCCUGGAAAAAAGGUUGAAACAAGGAGUGUGGCCUAAAAAAAUGGAAAAGGAAGAGACCUGUCGGUAUGAGAAGUUACAUGAUAUGGUUGAGAGGGUUAUUGCAAUAUGCAGACUAAAUUUAUUGGAGCCAUGAACAGAAGGUUGGUGAUUCAAGGGUUCUGGUGGUGAUGAAAUUGCAUAUCAUUUUUCACCCUUCUUGUCAGUCACAUGCACAUGACACCCUUUUUGUUGUUUUUGUUGUCAUCAUACUAUAAAUUUCAUAAUAAAAUUAUGCAACUGAAAUCUGAGAUACUGUCAACCUGAUGCAAGCACAACAGUUUCCUAGUCAAUAAUUAAUACAACUUCUGCCUCUCUAUUCCGUGCAAAUAG